AUGGUUUCAAGGAAGAUCAAUGAACGCUGUACGGUAAUGGUUAUUAGGAAGAUCAAUGAACGCAGUCCGGUAAUGGUUAUAAGGAAGAUCAAUGAACGCAGUACGGUAAUGGUUAUAAGGAAGAUUAAUGAACGCAGUCCGGUAAUGGUUAUAAGGAAGAUCAAUGAACGCAGUCCGGUAAUGGUUAUAAGGAAGAUUAAUGAACGCAGUCCGGUAAUGGUUAUAAGGAAGAUCAAUGAACGCUGUUUGGAUCCGGAAGAUCCACCAUUUCAAGUUCCGAAAGACACAACACCAGUUCGGAAGGUCACUCAUCACAAAUUUUCUGUCGACGAACAUUUAAGGAAAAAAAGAGACAAUACAGCUGACAUGGGAGGAUUUAAGCGGUUGCCUCGUACUGAGUGUGGACCUUGGUUUAAGAGAUUGCUUUCAUACACUAAAGGAAGGCCGCUGCAUCUGUCCAAGGUGAUCGCCGUCAAUGAUAGCAUUGAAAUCCCCUGUUAUUACUGCGGAGAUCCCGCUAGUUACCGACCACCUCACAGAGCUAAACCUUAUUGGAUGUGGAGGACUCUUGGGCGGAAUACGACAGAAGAUGGGUUAUGGACAUAUAGUUCUGUUCUCAGAGGGUUUCGACGUCACGAUAAAGAGUUCGAGAGUAGAGUGAACAUAACAUCCAACGAUUCUCUCAUCAUCAGGAAUAUACAGGAGAAGGAUUCGGGGAUGUAUUUUUGCGCUCGCCAGGUUGGAACUUUAACGAUGUGGACGUUCACGGAAGAUGUUGUAAACUGGUUUCUUCGGCAAUCAGACCAGAAGUAUUUAAGACUAUUUUUUCACAUCGACGUUUCGACAACCGACAAGGCAUUUCCCACCCCCGCACCAACGAUUAAGGACUAUCGCGCAAACCUGGCAUUGUUUACAUACUGGGGGGAAUGGUCAACAUGCAGUGUAUGUGGUGAAGAAGGGGAACGCUGGCGGACCGGAAUAUGCUGGGCUAGGAUGAUUAAGGAUAAAUACAUGGAGCCAGCCGUUUUCUACCAUGCUUUGCUUUCGUCCAGACGGGGUAUGCCCUGCCGAUCGACACUGUUUAAAUACUUUAGGGGAUGGAGACUUCCUGAUAGACCAGACGAGAAAAUGGUUCAAGCAUGUACCAUUCCUUGCGUCAACAAUACUCUGACCCAGCGGAUGACCAUCAACCUGGACAAAGCUAGAUACAAAGAUUUAGCUAAAGUAUAA